AUAAAAGCUACUAAAUUUGAUGGACAGUGCAUCUUGCAUGUCCUCCCGCUCUGCGCUUCAGGCGUCAAUUGGCGAUUUUGUCGCGCGAAGCCACAGCUAACCGCGCCCCCUCCACAAUUCCCUCCAUGAGACUUUAACCAAAAUCCUCCUCCGCUCCACCUCGAGGCACCGCUUCAACCAUGCAUCCCCCUCCCUAUUAAUUCGCUCCUCCUGCUACCGCGGAGCAACUCUUUAGCCAUCGAGGUAUCGGUGUUGGUUCUGAUCGAUCGGAAAAAGCAGGCACGGCAACGGCAAUGGCGAAUCUCGUCUCACUCGCACUCCUCCUCGCCCUCCUCGGCGCAUUGUGCCGCAGCACCGACGCCACGGCCUUCGAGGUCGGCGGCGACGACGGGUGGGUCGUGCCUCCCGCUACCGACGGCGGCAUGUACAACCAGUGGGCGUCCAAGAACCGCUUCCUCGUCGGCGACAGCGUCCAUUUCAAGUACAAGGAGGACUCGGUGCUGGUGGUGACGGAGGACGACUACAGCAACUGCCGCGCGACGCACCCCAUCUUCUUCUCCAACAACGACGACACGGAGGUGGAGCUGGACCGCCCGGGCCUCUUCUACUUCAUCAGCGGCGUCACGGGGCACUGCGAGCGCGGCCAGCGGAUGACCGUCAGGGUCGUCGGCCAGGGCGCGCCCCCGCCGUCGCCCCUGGCUCCCCCGGCCCCUCCUAGCCCGCCAAGCCCCAGCGCCGCCGCGCCAGGCACCAGCGCGCUCGCCGGCGCCAUCGCCGCCGCGGCGAUGGCGCUGCCGGUCAUCAUGCUCACCGUCUAAAUUUGCGAAGCUGGCUGCGGAUGGACGGCUUUCGUGCACCCCACGUUCGUUUGUGAAUUGUGAUUGCUACUAGUACCGGCUCCCAGGUCGCGUUCCGUUUUUCAUUAUGAUCGCGCAUCUUCCCUAGAUGAAAUUAGUACGUUUUUGUGAUCGUAUGGAGCAUUUUAUUUGUGUCUGUCCUCGGGAUCGUAUUGCUCAACUGUAUCAUUUUUUUUGCGAGUAUACAUGAAGAAAUGAACACA